CCCAUGCGGUCACAUUUUUUUCCACACAUACACACGCAUACAGUGCAGGUAACGCGCUAUUAGUUUGAGGCUUUAUGCGAAAGUGGAGAAAAACAACCCAAUCCCAAACGGAAUAGUGCCCCCAUUGGCCGCCGCAAAUCACAAAACGCUUCAUACCGAUCCCAAGCAGGCGGACGCCAUCAAAUGAAACGCGGCCAACUUAUGUGAGAGAUGGCGUUGAACAAAAGGUUGAGCUCCCAAGCGGACGGAGCGGACUUCAAGUUUGCGUGUCGCUGCUGUCUGAAGAUGAAUACCGAGUUCCUCAAGCUGGACUCUGUGACGGUGGCUCGCAGUCUAGAUCCGGCGGAGGCAAAGGACAAGAUUCCGCUACUGCGUUGUCUGCUGUACUGUACACGCGGUGAAAACCCGGCCGAGCUUCCUCAGUACAUCUGCAUCGAAUGCAGCCAGAGCCUUCAGGUAGCCUACUACUUCCUCCAGAACGCAGUUCGGGCGCACGACAUCCUGUGUCGCAAAUUGUGUCCGAAUAAGGUUAUCAAGACUCGCGUCAACGGUUCCCUAGGCCAGGAGCUGGAACAACAUUUGGAGAGCGAUACUGAAAGGACGAAGCCCCUAAAAACAAUGCGCCACGAGUGCCAGGUGUGUGGAGUCAUCGUUUACAAUCGCUUGGAGCUAAAGCAGCACAUCCGCCUUCAUGCAGAUGGACUUGCUUAUCACUGCAAAAUGUGCAGCUAUACCACACUGAAGCAGCGUCUGUUGCACGAUCACUAUCGUUCGACCCACAACCAAACCCCUGCCCAGGCAGAGGAGCUCUCUAAGGUGAAGCUGGAGCCCAUAAAAAAGGAGGAUGAGGUGAAGGUGUGCACCAUGGAGGAUAUGGAGCUGCUGAUACCCACAGUACUGACGCCGGAGGACUAUUCAGCGGUACCGAUCGACGCUGACCAACUGCGGGAUAUUGAACAGCAGCUGGCGGCCACAAUGGGCGAGGCAGCGCCGGGGGUGGACACUCUUACCUCGACAUUACCGCCCAUGGAUACCCAAAACGUGAGCAUCGGCACCGAGUAUCUUGUCUUGCCAGAUGGAUCUCUACAGCAGGUCAACGGAGGCGGCGUGGUCAUUGAGUAUAUAGAUGAUAGCAAGCCUGCAAAUUCAAAUCCCCAUCCCCCCUCCAUCAACAUAAACCUGCAGAAUCUUCUGGGGGGCGACGAGAACGAGGGGAUGGACAUCGAUGUCAAUGAGCUGAUUGUGGAGGAUGUGCUCCCGCAAAUAAAAGUAACGCAGAAGCCAGCGCCGCUUGGAUCUCCAGUGCACAAGCACAAAUGCAAAUUGUGCCCCAAAACAUUCGCCACUUUGGCACGUCUAAAGUCUCACCAGUUGACGCACAGCCAUUUGCCCAAGUUUUUCUGCGAUCAGUGCGAAUACUACUCACUGCGCAGUGCCGAUCUCAUCCAGCACUAUCAGAGCCAGCACCACCGGCCGGAGGGAGUUGCGGAGAAACCGGAUGGUAUAAAGCAGGAGGUGCGCACAUACUCAUGCGACAUGUGCCUCUUUGAGACUCGUACUGUCAACGAACUUCGCGUCCACUAUGCACAAAGUCAUACGGUCCAGCCGACGGAUGUGGAGCUGCGUCCCAGCUGGACGGCAGAUAGCAGUCAGAAUGCCAAAACCGAUGAUCCAUCUAUGGAGGAGAAGCCGCCGACUCUUCCGCCAUUGACAAGCUCUUCCGAAAACCACGUACCCAUCAAAUGUCCUCCUGCAGUUGCAGACACACAGGGGCAAUUUCAGCAGCUGCCGGUGGAAGCAACGACAUCCGUUGCCCAAACCGAGGUCAUCAAUGCGGUGGUAGAUGCCACGCCGCAUUUUUUUGCGGCCACUUCCAAUUCCAUUGACGCAGUACAUGCGCCACCAGUGACAGAAGUUGCCGGAACCACUGGCGGCUCAUUCGAAAUCUUUCCAGAAAUCUCCCAGGGCGAUUUGACGGCCCAGGAAUCCGUUCCACAGGCGCCGGCCAAUACUUCCAAUCAAAAUAUUUCCAUGUUCGGCGACAUGCAGGAUUUUAUUGACAACACCGACGUGGCUGCCAUAUGCACCAUUCCAGCUGAUGACAUGCCCGUGGUAGAUGGCGACGACAUCGUUAUUGAUAACAACAAUAUCAGCCUGGACUUUGAUGCCGAAAACCUGUUCGAGGACUUUGACGAAGACGAGGAGGUGGCGGCCGAGGAGGAGGACGAUGAGGGCGAAAACGAGGAUGAGAAUGAGAACAAUGAUGCAGCCACUGACCAAAACCUGCUGCUAACCAGUGACGAUGACGACGUGGACGAUUUCGAUGAUGAGCAGUCGAAGCAUCUUCAGAAGCCCUACUGCAUUUAUUGCAACAAAAAGUUCACCAGUCAGUACAAGUUUGAGAAUCACAUGUUUGUGCAUCGGGGUCUGGCCCCCUAUCGCUGCGAAUUGUGUACCAAUCUGUACAACAUGAAGCGACUUCUGAUCAGGCACUACAAAACUGUGCACAAGCGCAUGCCCACAAGGGAUAUGGUCCAAGCCAAAGGUGAUAAGGUUACGAUGGCACGCACUAGCCUUGAAAAGAUCGAAACGAACCUGAACAAGAAUCCUAUGCUCAUGUGUGCAAAGUGUCCGUUCGAGUGUGAGCCGGAUGGAGAGAUGCGAAAGCACUUGAAUGCCCACCACGGCAUCAACGAUGGGGUAUCAGUGCAUGCAAACGAAGUGUUUAUUAUACGCAAGCUGCCCUUUGAGUGCCCGCGAUGCAUUCGCUCGUUUGCGGCCAAGAGCACCUUAGUUCGGCAUCUGCAGCGAAGCCAUUUGGUGGAGACGAUCAUCGAGAUGCCAUCAGCCCAUGCAACAGCCAGUUCGGCGGCCACAACUACAACAACGACGGCCACGGCGACCACAUCCGGGCCGGCCAGCAGCACUCAGGAUGAGGAUAAGCCAGACCUCAAGAUGACAGUAUCGUCGACUGCUGCUGAAAGUGGCGGAGGCGAUGGCAAUGGGGAAUGCGAGGGAACAGGCAGAGAUGAUGGAGACGUAGCAGGAGAAGGAGCAUCAAUGAAAGCGGAAUUAACACAACCCAAAGAGGAAAUCGACGUCGUUUCACUGGAGACCUCAGCUCUCCCAUCAGCAGGCAUAUCAACAGCAUCGUCAGCUCAUCCUGGAACCAUUGUAACAACAUCAACUUCAACCAUCACAACUGUAGCCUCAUCCACAUCGUCAACAUUCUCGACAAUGAUCCCCACGCCCACGCCAUUCGAUUUAGACUGUGACCUGAUAUCCGAUGUCCCAGCCGAGCAAUCCUCCUCCACGCCCAAUACCCACUCCAAUCCCAGCACCCUCCUAAAUGGCACGGACAAGUUUCUGUCCACUUCGCCACAUGAAGAGAAGUAUACACCUUCCAAUUCCCGACUGCCGCGAACCCCAUCCUACAAGUGUAAGUUAUGCAGCGAGACAUUCGACGAACUGGGAAAGCUGGUGAAGCACGAGAUGGUGCACUCGAGCACGGAAUCUAAUCGGUAUGGAUAUCAGCAUAAGUGCGCCAUUUGCAGCACCAGCUACCGAAACUUAACCUUGCUGAAGUUCCACAUGAAACGGCACACGAAUCGCAAGAUUCAGUGCAAGCUCUGCCCAAAGUCUUUCGCGACCAACCAGGAACUGGAUCGGCACUCGAAGGCCAAGCAUAUGAGGCAGAAGACCUUCCGCUGCACAUUGAACAACUGCAACAAGACGUUCGCGUACAAGCACCACAUGGUGCGGCAUCAGAAUGCGACGCACUUACAGACGCGGCACGUGUGCCACAUAUGCGACAAGGAGAUGAUGACUAGCCUACAUUUGCGUAACCACAUGUCGGUGCACAAGAGUGGAACGUUGUACAAAUGUCCGCAUUGUGAUCGAACAUAUUUGCGUCGGGGACGGAUUUGUUCACAUAUUCUGAAAGUUCACAAAAUACAUGUAACCGAUGAGGAACUAGCCGUAAUCUUCCGCGGUAACGUAAACUCCAACAACUCUCACGAUUUAAAGUCGAUGAGCUGCCAGGGACAGCUAGUGCGACGCAAGGAUUUGGAAAUCAAAACUGAAGUGAAAGAUGAACCGGGUCUUCAAACAUCUACAGAGGAUAUAUCAUAAUAGUUGAGACUCAUACUCCUGCUAGUAAUGGCACACACAUCGCACAUUGUACAAAGUUAAAUAUAUAGCCUAAGUUCCCCUCCUCACAAAGCCGCGCAUAUAAUGUCAUGAAAUUAUCCCAACUAAGUGCUAGACUAAGAAUACCUUACCAUACCUUAAACUAGAUCGGCCAUUGCGCCCAAAUAUAUAGACAACAACGUCGAAAAAAUCAA